AUGCACGUGUCCGACCUGGUUUCUUCGCUCAAAGAACCCUCCUUCCACAAGCCCGACCCUGCGCCGUCCUCCACUGCUGCCGACCCCAACGAUGGUGAUGGCGACAAGAACGUCCCGGCUCACUAUGCCUUCCCCACCUCCACGGUCACGUCCUCUGUUUAUUCUCCAUCUGAGAGCACUUCGUCGGACCUCGCGAAAGCUGAACGAAAAAGGACGGCGGCUAUGCUCAUGAUCGCCGAGCUGGUGCAUUGGGCCGGCGACAACCCCAAUGUGGGCGACGUGGUGGAGAGGGCCCGUGAACGGCACAAUCUUCUCGCCUCGGUCCACAACGGCGGCGAGACAAAGGGUGAUGACGAAGGAAAGGAUGCUUCGCUUAUUCACGAAUCUAUCUCGGGGGUCGCAGCAGAGAACCAAGCGGCGAUACAGCAGGAGGAUCAACAGGACGAGAGGCACCCCAAGAGCGACGGUAGCGACGACGGCAACAGCAACAGCAAGAGCAGCAGCAACAGCAGCAGCAGCAGCAGCAGCAGCAGCAGCAGUAACGACAACGGCAACAGCAACGGCAACGACAAGAAAGGACCUACGUACUCACCCGACGCCUUCGAAUUUCACCCGAACUUCGUCUUGCGUGUCGGAGACUUCCUGCACGGGAAACUCCCGAACGCCGCCAAGACGGCCAUGGUGUACGCCACGUCCAUCGACGGCUCCGUCGUGCACGCCACGGCCACCGGAAGGCCGUCGGGGGACCUCGAGGACCGGACCAUCGAAACGGUGUCACCAACGCAUGUCGAAGCCAUCGAGGGUCGGAUUCUCAAGAAGUCGAACAUGGUCACCGUCUUGGGCUUUCUGCCCUUCGGAAAGCACGGCUUCCGCCGGCGACCAGCGAGGAAGCACGCGGCUGCGCACAUAGGGGAGGCGACGCUCUCCGUCACGAACGAGGGAGACCUGGAGGUCUCGGUGGACGGAUUCAUCGUCCUUCGAAAGCCCGGGCCUUCCUGGUUCGGGUUUCGACAGAAAUAUUCCACGUAUGAAGUCCGUGUCACGAAAGACGGGGUUGCCGUGUCGCAAGGCGGCAAGUACGACUUGGGCAUCCAGGCCCGGGAACCUCUAGCGCAAGUCGUCCCAACAACCAUUUGUUUUUGCGACAAGUACCCAGACCUUUGGUUGUUUGGACGUCUGCUGUAG